UAUUUUUAUUUUUAAUUAAGAAUUAAUUAACAUCCCAAUUCUCAAUUUAUGAAAAAAUAUUUAAACCUGAAUACAUUUUUUCAAUUUUUCCUAUUAUACUAUUGUUAUUACAAUUGAUUAAAUUGUAUAUUAUUUGUAUAAUCAUGCACCGAUCAUAAUAAUCGUGAGAACUGCCGCAGAUGUGUCUGCGUGAUAAAAAUGCCAAAAAACAUUUAGACACCGUGAUCGCUUCGCGAAGUCGAAGCUAAAAAGGAGAGAAGAAAAAAACGGAAUAACACUGUUUGGCACGCCAAUCGCCAACGUACCUGAGCGCAAAGCGAAAGCGCAUGUAUAUGUUGUUUUAUCUCUCCGCCACGUGCUGUUUCAAUAGAGACAAAAAAUAAACAAAAAGGAUAGACAAAAUACUUAUACUUUUGUCACUAUUCUUUUUGUUUAUUCUCCAACUCACUUUAUCGAGACAGUAUAAAAACCAAGUGCAGUGCAUUCGGCUCGCGAUUCACGACUCCUUGCGCACUGAGUUGGGACAGACUUGUAAGUAUACAACUGUAACUUUGUUUUAAUUGUAAAUUUUGUAGUUGCACGUUAUAUUCGUAACCUGUAUUCGUAAAAAGGGAUAAGCAUAUAAGAUUAUUGCAACGAGAUUACAUGUAAAAUUUGUUAUUCUUAACUUUUUUUUUAAGUAAUAGUGAUAGUAGUAGUAGUGCCAGAAGCGUUUAUCGUGAGCUGGCUAUUUAUAAGAAAAAUCCCAGAGGCGUAAAUCGUGAGCUGGCUAGUUUUUAAAAAAUGCCAGAGGUGUUUAUCGUGAGUUGGCUAGUUUUUAAAAAAUGCCAAAAGCGUUUACCGUGAACUAUCUAUUUGCAAGAAAAAUGUCAGAGACGUAAAUCGUGAACUGACUAGUUUUUAAGAAAUGCCAGAGGUGUUCUUCGUGCGCUGGCUAUUUACAAGAAAAGUGCUAGAACCUAUUGUCAUGAGUUAGCUAGUUUUUAAUUUGCUGCCAGAGGCAUAAAUCAUGAGCUAGCUAUUUACAAGAAAAAUGCCUGAUUGUAGUAGACUAUUUUUUAUUUACUGCCAGAGCCAUAAGUUAACUAGUUAUAACAAAAUAUUAGAAGCAUUUAUUGUGAAAAGAAGCUACUAAUUAUCAUACAAACAUAAUUUUCCUAAAACGCUAGAAGUGUAUAAUUAUACAGUAUGUAUUAUAAUGUGUGUGGGCGUGGACGUACACAAAUACAUUAUAAUGCACAAAAUUGAAAUUCUAAUUCUGCGUAUACAAAUGUAGAUAUAUCCAUGGUCUGCAUUUGAUUAGAGCAAUAUGUAGAAUUUUUUUUUAAAUAAACAGUAUAUGUACUAAUUCACAUUUUAAUACAAGCUAAGCUAAGAGUAAUUUUUAUUCUUUUAUUAGACGUAGCACAAAAAGAGAUUUUAAAAAUAUGUGCAAUGUAUUGUAAAUAUAUGUGGUGUCCUGACCUAAAAUGGUAUUGGACGUAAGGAAAAGUGGCUACUACAUUGCAUGACAGUACCAAUGAUAUUUGCAUAGGCCAUUUAGAAUAGGAUACCUUUAUAUGUAUUCCUUAUAUAUAUAUACCAAUAUAUAUAUAUAUAUACACUGUGCAUUUAAGUAAACUGAUUUAAAUUUUUGGAGAUUGUAUAAUAAGGAGUACUAGUAAAAUAAUUUAUAAAGAUACAUGGUAAAACAUUUUGAUAACGUGAGUCUCCUCUGCAUAUGCGAGGAUAGUUCCAGAAGUACCCGAUCUAACAAAGAAAACAAAAAAUUUGGGAAAAAAAUAUCUUUAUUUCUCAACAUAGUCUCCUUUUAGCUCGAUACACUUUUCCCAGCGAUGUUCAAUAGCUUCGAUAUCCUGUUUAUAGUAAGAACCAUUGAACUCCUCAAAAUAGCCAUCAACCGCAGAUUCCACCUCUUCAUUGUUGGCAAAUCUUUUACCACCCAAACAUUUUUUCAAGUUUGGAAAGAGGAAAUAAUCCGAGGGAGCUAAAUCUGGCAAAUAGGGUACGUGAGGAACCAAUUCAAAUUUUAACUCAUUGAUUUUGGCCACGGCAAUGUGAGCAAACACGACACUCAUCUUGUGCACAACUUUCUCAUCUUCAAAUUUUCAGUCAAUAUGCGAUAUAUAGCACUUUUUGAAAUGCCUACGGCGUCUGCUAGCUCACUUUUAGUUGACGGUCAUUCAAUACCAUUUUAUGAAUUUUCAUCACCAUUUCUGGCGUGGUCACCUCAUUUGGUCGACCACGGCGAUGUUCAUCUUGGCACGAUCUCGUUUAAACUCUGCCCAAUAUUUUACUGUUGUAAACGGAGGAGCAGACUCCUCCAGAGUAGAAUCUAGCUCGGUUUUCAUAUUGGUUGGACUGAGACCUUUCAAAUGAAAAUGAAAGUAUUGUAUCACAUAACGAUGACCAAUUUUUUCCAUGUUUCAAUUUCCAUGUUUCAAAUUCACUGAGAUAGUUCACUAUUGAUGGCUGCCAAACAAAUACUAAAUAACGUAGCAUCUUCAGACUUCACACUUAAACUUUAUAAGGUUGGUACUUUCUACCAUAAUAAUUUUUUUUAAACAACAACCGCCAUUUAUACAUCAGGUCGGGUACUAUAGGGACUACCCUCAUAUUACAUGAUUUCUCUUUUCACAAUUGUAAAGUGCAUUCUAGAGCUUCCUCCAAAAACUUAUUUCCUCCCAAGAAAGAUAUCCCCUCUCUACGAUUUUAAUAGUAAUUUUUCGCCCAAGAGAUAUUUGUAUAUAACACCUUCUUCUUCUGAUUUUACGCUAUUUAUCUAUCCAUGAUAAAACUCAAAAAUUAUCAUAAUCAAACUUUCAAUGAUUUUCAGUGACUUUUCAGUAAUUACGUGGCAAUCGUGAGAAGCAUUUAAUAAAGAUCAUAUAUAAUUUAUGUGUGAAAAUGUGUGAACCAAACCCAACUACUAAUGAAAAUAAGGUCCAAGCAUCAAAAUUUAAAAACAUCAAGGACAAUAUCUUAUUCGGCCCAGAAUAUCCAAUAUCUAGAGAACCUGUCAAUAUUGCUAAAAUAAUUUUAAAAACUUUAAAAAGCAAGCCUGAGUUUAUCGGCCAGAUAGAUGCUCUUACGGGUAAACAAAACACAUAUGCCGAAAUGAGUGAACGUAGUAUUAAAUGUGCACUUUGGCUGAAAAAACAAGGCGUGAAAGCAGCAAGGGCACGAUACUAUCUCUCUCUAAUAUCACCAACAAUCAUUUUUACAAUCCCGUUAUCAGCCGCGAAUUUAACAGAAGCAGCAAAGGAACUAAAAAUGGAUGUAAAAAUAGUGGUUCUUGGCAAGAUAGAUGGAUAUGAAUCACUAGAUAAUAUUUUAAGGGGUCACGAUAAUCGCGAGAUUGCCGAAUUUAACUGUACUCCGAUCAGCAAUUUAAACGAAGUUGGUCUUAUUUGUCUUUCUUCAGGUACCACGGGUAUGCCGAAGGCCACUGAGCUCUCGCAUGUUUCUAUGUACAAUCGUGUGUUUCCUGCAAAAGUUUAUGAAAUGAACGGCCACAUUUGUUUAUUUCUACCAACACUACGUUGGCACUAUGGCAUUCUGUUCGCUUUUGCCGCUAUUCAGAAAUAUUUCACCACAAUUCUUGUGAACAUUAACGUAAACGACGAGAAUCGGUGCAGUAAAUAUUGCAGUUUUAUUGAGAGAUAUCGAGUAACGUUUUUUGGUAGCACUCCACACAUUCUAUCCCAGUUAGUAAAAACAGAUGUGUUAGAGAAAUAUCGAUUGCCGACAUUAAAGGUUAUUACUAGCGGUGGUUCUACUUUUUCAAAGCAACAGCAAGAAGCAUUAAAAAAAAAAAUUCCAAAUGUUUUAAUUUUUAACAGUUAUGGAUCUACUGAUGCAGGAUGUGCAGUUGCUAUUCAAAAUAAAUAUAGUAAACUGGGAUCUGUUGGUUUUCCUGCGUCUAAUGUCCAAAUAAAAAUAACAGAUACAAAAACUGAAAGUGUCUUGGGGGUUAACAAAGUUGGAGAAAUACGUGUUAAAACGCCCUUCGUAAUGAAUGGCUACUAUAAAAAUCCUGAAGCAACUAAAAAAGCUUUCGAUUCAGACGGUUGGUUAUGCACCGGCGAUUUGGGAUACUAUGACCAUGAUGGAGAACUCUUCGUUGUUAGUCGAAUAUCAGACUUCAUUCUUUUUAGAACAUUCAAUGUUUUGCCCAUGGAAAUUGAAACUGUUUUACAAGAUCAUCCCGCGGUAUUCGAAGCGGUGGUAAUAGGAAUGCCUCAUGAAGACGAUGGACAACGUCCUAUGGCUGUUGUUUCUGUGGUGCCAGGUAAAACGGUAACAGAACAAGAACUUAUUGAAUUGGUAGAAAAAAGUCUACCCGAUUAUUGCAGACUCCGGGCUGGUAUCAAAUUUAUAGAUAAACUUCCGCGUACACUUACCGGCAAAAUCGCAAAGGGACAGUUACAAAGUAUGUUUACAAAUUAAUCUAACUUGUGCUGAUUUAUAUUAUUAAAAUACUAUAAAUGUAAAUUUGUAAAUCAUACGUAUGUAAAUACGAUAAAACGCAAAACAUAACAAGG